CGUAUCACCGACUGCACGGAUAUCCAUGCCUCAUAGAGCGAUGAUUAAUCUGCGUUUAUUUGUUAUUCCACUAAUCGUCUGUGCCGCGCGACUGUGCACUGCCGAUGCCGUGUCUACGCCUGCCGAGGAAAGCAAAUAUGACGAUCCGGACAAGAUCGGCCUACUGCCUCAAAGCUACGGCAUGGGCUUACCGGACGACGAGGUGGACUGGUCCCGUCGUCCCUGCCGCUCCGACCGAGAGCCUCUGACCUGCCGCUAUGGCCUGACCGUCGAGCGAUACAUCAGCAUGAGCAAGGCCUGUUACGAUUGCCCGCGAAACCUGACCGAUUGCUCCAGACCACACUGUAUGCCAGGGGACGGCAGCGAGAAGAUGGUCAUUGUGGCGAACAGAAAGCUUCCGGGACUCUCGAUCGAGGCAUGCAAAGGUGACCGUCUACUAGUGGACGUGACAAACAAGCUGCCGACCGAGACGACGACAAUAUACUGGAACGGUUUGCAUCAGCGGGGAACUCCAUUCAUGGACGGAGUUCCCUACCUCACCCAGUGUCCCAUCAUGCCUGGAGAAGUUUUUCGCUACGAUUUUAUUGCCGAUUGCCCUGGAAGCUUCAUUUGGCACUCUCACAGUGGUGAGUAUCGAGAAUAUUACGAUUCUCUUAUACAUAUACAAAGUCAUGCUGAUCAACGAGUGGACGCACAAGACGGGAUCAGAAGUCUUUACUAUGCUUUAUUAGAACGGCCGGGGUACAUUGCCGAGCGCGAUUUUGGUCAAUGGAUUGGUAUGGGGAGGCUAAGUCAUUUAGAAGCUGUAAAUAUGCCGUUGGAAGUUUUCGAGGUUCAAGAGAAUUUUUCAAAGGGUAAACGAUACAGAUUUCGAUUAUUAAACCUCGGGUCGCAAAACUGUCCUAUUCACGUUUCUAUCGAUGAUCACCCCAUGCUCGCCAUCAGUGCAGAUGGUGCAGAUAUCAAAUCAGUUGAAGUUGACUCCAUCCACAUAAUGCCGGGUGAAAGAUACGACUUCGUGCUUUCGGCGGACCAACCGGUCGACAAUUACUGGAUCCGCUUAAAGGGUGAUAUAAUGUGUAGUCUUUUGGAGACUCCGCAACUGGCAAGUUUGAGAUAUCGAUCAUCAAUUUUUUAUCACCAUCGAUACGCAAAAAAUUUGGAUAAUUUCGAUUAUCAUCGGGAAAAUCUCUACGGAUACUGGAAAGUGAGAGAGUCGAAAAGAUCGACGUCGCUUCAGCUGAAUCACAUUAGCUUUAAGAUGCCAAAUUUUCCGCCGCUGACACAGCCAGAGCUCAUCAAACCUAAGCAGCUUUGCAAUUACUCAACUAUAAUCGCGAUAGAAAAAUGCAAGACGGAACACUGUGCUUGCACGCAGACCUUUCAAGCAAGGCUCAACAGUGUUGUUGAGCUUGUUCUGAUUGAUCCAGGCGCCGCCAAAUUAAAUCACCCUAUACAUUUACACGGGUAUUAUUACCGAGUGGUGGCAAUGGAAAAAGUCGGAGACAAGUUAAGCAUCGAGGAAGUGAAAAAGAUGGACCAAGAGGGAAAGAUUCAUAGGAGGCUAGAAGCUGAGCCCUGGAAGGACAGCGUGAUAGUACCUACUGGUGGAUAUACGAUUGUGCGAUUUUACGCCAACAAUCCUGAAAAAAAUAAAUUUAUAGAGAUUUGUAUAUUAAUCAUACAUUUUACAGUAACAGGGGAAGAUAAGAAACAAUCAACAAAGAAAUGUAUUUACAAAAGAGCUAUUGUUUUAGGAUACUGCUGCCUGCACUGUCACUAUGAUCAGCACGCGAACGAUGGCAUGGCACUGUUAGUCAAAGUUGGCAAACACGAAGACUUUCCAAAUGUGCCCAAAAACUUUCCAAGAUGUGGAGCUCAUUAG